AUUACACUUGGUUGUUUUCCUGAUGAUUAAUGCAGGUACAAUAAUUUUCGUAAACACACAAAAGGAUCUCGAGUGAAAAAUUUCUAUAAAUUUAGAAAAUAGUGAAAAAAUGGCUGCUUUGAAAGAUUAUUGGUUUGUGCAUUUCUAACAUGCCUGGGCAUGACUUUCCUCAUAUUGGCGUGUGCUGUGCCUCAACCUAAGAUUUUCUAUCCAUUCUUCGUAUUAUUAUUCUACGUGCUCUCCGUUUUGCCGGUGUUCAUUGCGAAACGCUUUUCCCAAGGGAAUGAGACUAAUCCAAAGACGGAGUUCGCCCUAUUCCUUUGCGCUGGCAUGGUGCUGAGCGCCUUCGCUUUUCCAAUUGUAUUGGCGCACAGUCAAGUGAUCACUUGGAUGGCAGCUACACUUACUUUGAUAAGUAAUAUUAUUAAUUACUUAACCAUAUUUGGCUAUUCAAUGAGAGACAACGAAUUCGAUGCCCCGUAUGGUGGAAUGUUCUAAAUUGUUUUAUAUUUUAUAUAGACUUGUGUGAUGGAACUUGAGCGAAGAGACCAUUUUAGCGAAAUAACUACAUCGACUUCUUAUAGUCGGAUCUGCAUAAGUUACAAAUUAAUAAAAACAUAUGUGUAUGUAGUACUCUCAUCACUUUACAAAUCAACGCUAAAUUAUUGAAACGAAUAUUGGGCAAAUAUUUUUAACUGCGUUGAAGGCGCCUUCAAAACGCUCUUAAAAAUCUAAGAAAAAUUUACCAAGGCUAGCGAAUGUCAUUCUUCAAGCAGCUGUAUAGUUACAUAAAUACAUACAUAUACAUAUACAUAAAAAAUAAUAAUGUUUAGAUUUAAGAUAAAAAGCUUUUGUAUUUGCAAUCAAUGUUCGAAACGGAGAGGGCUGCUAAUUUGGCCUAUCUACCGCUUUGAAGAAAACAAAUCGAUAACGUAAAAUUAAAUAACUAAAUUGCUCCACAAACAUAAAACCAAAUAAACAAAAAAAUAUGUAACUAUAUACAUAUGUAUUUAUGUUGUAAAAACUUCAAGCGAAAUGUUACGAAUCUCGUUUGUGGGACAUUUUGCACUGUUCACAUACAAAAAUGCAUAUUUAUGCGUAGUCGGGAAUUGAUUUGAAUGCAUACAUACAUACAUAUAAAAACACCAUAUACACAGAUUUGCAUUCAUGUUUUAAAUUUAAAUUCUACUCAUUACUCUAAAUUCUAUGAAAUUUCAUAAAUAAAAAUCAGCAAAUGAUGCAAGUAAAUACAUAA